GUCUUUCACAGUUGGUGACGAGUAUUAUGAAAAUGGCCUCGACCCUGCCCGUGAGCACGGUUAACUGGAGAAGAUGACGAUGUUGAGCUUUUUAAGUCAGUUGCACACCGAGGUGUCCUCUUUGAACACGUAGAUAGUAGUGAAGUAAACAAAAACAAAGAGACUGUCAGCAGAGAAGCGACUAAAAAUAUCACAGACCACUGCAUAUUUUCGUAGGACUGAGGAGCCACUAUGGAGGAUAUCAACUCAAAUAUCAACGCGGACUUGGAGGUGCGGAAGCUCCAGGACUUGGUUAAGAAACUCGAACAGCAAAAUGAACAGCUUCGGAGUCGGUCUACGAUGUUGUCCUCGUCCGGAGCGAUGUCAGGGAACCACAGACCCCUCAGCGAAGGAUACGACUCGUCGUCCCUGUCAGCGGGGAUGGCAGCCGGUCUGGCCGGCUUCCCUGGGGUGGGGUUCGUCGGAACGGGCGGCUACGGUGGGCUGUUGGAGAAUAACCGCUGUUUGAGCCCCAGACUGUCUUAUGACGGAAUCAGUUUCAGGAGGGCGUAUGAAUAUGAGGGGGCAUCGGGUGCCGCCUCUGUGUCGAGUAUGAACUCACUUUAUUCAGACACCACUGGGGCUUUUACAGAUGAAGGAGAAACAUCAAUCCUAGACGAAGUGGAAAUCUUAGAUCUCGAAGACAUGGAUUGUCUACACGAAGACGAGGACAGCUGGUUAUAUGAGGCGAAACUGAACAGUCCCCUGCAGAAAACCUUGAGUCCUAUUGUGUGGUGCCGCAAAGCUCUUGACAACCCCAGUCCUGAGAUGGAAUCAGCCAAGCGCUCCCUCAUUCACAGACUGGACCUCACCCUGUCAGUUCUGUUCUGUGAUUCUACAGCCAACAAGCGCAGGAGCCUGUAUGGAAGCCCCUACAACCAGCAGGCUUAUGGAAGUCCGUAUAGCACAAACGCAGCCAACAGUCCUUACAGCAGUGGCUUCAACUCCCCCUCCUCAACCCCCAGCAGAGUGCCCAUUGUCAGACAGCAACUAAUGCCUGGGAAUGCAGUUCACCAGCGAAACGCAGCAGCAGAGAGGAAUCCUCCAGCAGUGAGCCCACAGUCAUCAGUGGACAGCGAGCUGAGCACCUCAGAGAUGGAUGAGGACUCAGUGGGCUCCUCAACUACCUACAAACUCAAUGAUGUCACUGAUGUCCAGAUACUGGCACGCAUGCAGGAAGAGAGUUUGAGACAAGAUUAUGCUGCAACAGCAUCCAGGCGGAGCUCAGGUUCGUCCUGCCACUCAUUGCGGCGCAGCACCUUCAGCGACCAGGAGUUAGAUGCACACAGUCUGGAGGACGAAGAGGAGGCGCUGCACCCGGCCUUCCACCUGCCCUCCAACCGCUUCAGCCCCUCCCCUCGGCACUCUCCCCGCGCCUCCCCCAGGAAUUCGCCCCGCUCUCGCUCCCCUGCCCGCUCUAUUGACUACAGCCGCGGCUCGCCUCAGCCCGUCAUCAGCCGCCUGCAACAGCCUCGCCACUCGCUGCAGGGCCACGGGCACGACCUGCAGACCAACGUGGUGAAGAACGAAGAAAAGCUGCGUCGUAGUCUUCCCAACCUCACACGCUCUUCGGCGGCGGCGGCCCAGGGCCCAGAGCCCGUCAAGAACAGCCGCAGCUGCGAGUCCAACCUGCAAGUGCCAAAUGGUGGCUCUCCUCGACAUCAGAACCAGUCUGCUACAGCAGCUCAGCUCCCGAGAUACUCGACCCCUUCUCGCUCCUCCCCGAAACCCAAACAGCACCUCCAAAGUCCAACUGCGCUGCGAGUCCCACUCUCCUGUUGCUUUGGAGAAGAAAGUGAUUUCAUCCCCUCUCCCAGUAAGCUGCGAACUCCAGCCACCCCGUCCCCACUGGCCUUGAGGCAGCCGGUAAAGGCCACAUCCAACCCCAGUUCUGCCACCUCCACGCCCACCCGCUCCCUGGCUCCUCCACGCAGCGGUCUGCCCCGCCCCAGUGCUUCUUCAGGAGGGGGGAUCCCUCUGCCUCGCAGCAAACUGGCUCAACCUGUGCGCAGUUUUGUCCUCAUCUUCUUCUCAGAUCUCUUCCUGCUCCUCGGACCUACAGCGGCGCAGGUGACAACUGGAGGGAAGGUUGUUACUGAAAUGGGUCAGCAGGGGGCUCUCCAAUCAAACUAUCAACACAAGGAGGCAGACAUUACAACAAUGGCACUUUAUCUACCUAGAUACCUUUUACAGUGAAGAGAGAGAAAGAGACUAUGUCCCAAAAAUAUAUAGAAUUUAAAAGGAGAGGAUAGUGUCCACAUCGCAUCAAAGAGGACCUCCCAUCAUGUUUCUCUGUGGGGUCUGGCUCUGGAGGGGUCAGGCAUGUAGUGCAGACAGCCCGGAAAAUGCCAAAGAAACCAGCCCGACUCCAGCUCCGCCAACAGAGGACACAUCACCUGCCUUGGUUUGACUGCAGUCAUCUGUCAGACAGUCCAUCACUUCAUUGCCCAGCUUUCCUCCCACUCCUCUCCCCUGUUCUUUUUUCACCUCCCUCAGGUUGAAAUGUUUCCACACAUUUCUCUCUUUAUGCUCUGUGUUUAACAGAUGUUGGUGAGCGAUCUCUAUGAUGAUGCUGUGCAGGUGAAAUGUCCCGUAAUGUUAGAGAAUUGUCUUGCAACAGUGGAAGCACCUCUGUGUGGGUAUGACAUUUAAGAAUCUUUCCUCUUGUAAAAUCAGCCAGAAUGUAUGCACAAGUUUGUUUUGGAAAUUAUUUAUUCAAAUUAUUUAAGAAAUGUAUGUCCAAACAUCCAUAUCAGUAUUUUGUUUUUAAGAUUUCAAUAGUUUAAAAUGUACAUUUUGAACCUCAACUGCAAGCUAACUCUCCAAAGCCUUUUUUUGUUUGUGUCAAAUCAGGACUUGUGAGAAACCCGGGUGAUUAAUGACCCCUCGGCCAAAGCCUCAGUUCUGAUUUGUACUACAGUUUGCCAAGAUUAUACUUUUCCAUUUAAGUGCUGAGAUUGGACAGUUUAAGAACAGCUUGACAUUAGGUUUGAGUUAUAUCUGAUGUCUGAAACAAACUAUCUAUUAAGAAAGAAACUCCCAAAGCUCAAAACCAGAUUUUGUCCCCAUUCAGCCAAUGAAACCAAGAAAACAUUGCUGUGGUUCAUUUAAUUCCCAUAACUUCUGUCAGUGUAUAUCAUUCAUGCCAUGAAAAAAAAUGGAAAAAUGUCUUGAAUAUGAUGACAAGACGUAUAAGUUUUGCUGGCUUUUACCUCUUGUGCUAUGAAAAUGAACUGAAAGGUGUGCCAGUGUUAGGGAAGCUGUUCUGGUAAUUGGUGUGGUGGGUGUUAUGAAACUAGUGCCUAUAAUUUAAAGUUUCACUUGAGUUUGAACAUCAUGUUUUGUUUGUUCGUUUAUCAUUUUGUGCCAAUUCUGGUUUUGCCAAUAUCAUUUGCAAUUUUGCAUCUCUGCUUGCUUGAUUUGCUUGCCUGUUUUUUUUUGUAAUUAAAUCAAAUACAUUUAUAAUUGCUUUUAAAAACAUGUUUAAAAUGCGCCUUCAUAUUUAUAACUAAUUACUCCUUCUGUAAAUGAAACUAUUUAUUAAAGAGAGAGGUGCCUCUGUUAAAGCUGAUUCAGUGGGAAGCUAGAACAAUGUUGCAAAAAGACAUGCCACACCUUUUGUGUGAAAGUUUUUGUUAAUGAACUUUUUUUUAUAUCCACAAACAUGACAUUCAGUUUCCCUGUGUAAAUUCACAUUUCAAAUAAAAGCUGAAAACAUG